CACCCGAACAACCAUCGCAACAGGGGGCCAAAGAACUUCAUUACGAGAAUGACCGACUAGACCAAAACACUUUGCAGCUUGUCUUGGACUCAUACAGCACAGCACGCCUCCAGCAUUGAUAUUCCUCAUGAUGACGUUUGCUCCCACACCUGCACCCAGCUGAUCGUUCUUCUCUCGACCUUCUCGACGCACGGAAACCUUAACACGAGGUCUCAGCAAAAUCAGGCCACAUAGAAGUCUCUUCAUCAAACCAUACCGAGCACGAUGAGCCCCCGCCGGCCCGUUGUUGACUUCGUGGUCAGCUCGCCACCUUCUGUGACGAGCUCGACGAUUCCUUCGUCUCCGCCUCGACCAGACUCCCGCAAGGAGCGGAGAAACCCAUCCAUCACCCCCAGGAAGUUUAGGCGGUUCUUCACUCCUCGCUCGCGUGUCCCAUCCCAGACCAGUCCUGCACGAAGAGCUCUACGCGAACUAGGAGCUCCGGAGAUCAACCACAGAUAUCAGACGCCAGCCCCUUCUAGUCCGAUAAAGCCGACAGAAGACGACGAAGCUGCUGCAUUACAGGAAGGAAGUCUCGGAAGCUAUAACACUCGAUCAGCCAAACGUCGAAAGCGUGACCACACACCCGAAUCAUCACCCUGUGGACCAAGUGCAGCAUGCUCGAGGGAUAGACUCACCCUGAAGGCUCCUCCACAACACCUGCAGCCCGGACUAUUGAGCCCAAUCGCAUCCUUGCCUUCUUCCAGCCAGGAAACAUUGGAUGACUCGGAGCAGGAAGAUAGCGAAGAUGAUUUACCUGGGCUGCCUCGCCGGCCCAUCCGACGCCUGGCACCCUUGACAACGCGCGGGUUUGCUGGGAAACUCGUGCAGAGAGAGCUAGGCGGUAUGCCAAGGGCAGGACGUGCAUACAUGUCAUUUCCCACUGCAGACUGGCGGACAGACACCGCCCCAUUCUACAGCAGACCGGAUGAUGUUCAUAGUUGCACAAGUCAAGACGGACCUGGACGAUGCAUACCGUUCUGUGUUGCUGCGUGCCACUCGAACAGCUUGACGGCGGUCGGCGAUGAAGAGGGCAGAAUUUGCCUCCUCGAGUCAUCGGGCGAUGCCUCUCAGCCAUUCAGCAAACUUCAUCUCACAUUCCAGGCUCACAGCAAUGCUAUCAUCGACCUGGCAUUUUCUGACGACGACUACCUGCUGGCGACCGCGUCAGGCGACCAGACUGGACGAGUCAUCGACAUGAUGACGCAGACGCCUAUUGCCAACCUGCAACAGCACACAGCAUCACUCAAGCAGGUCCGCUUCCAGCCUGGCAAGGCCAACAGCAGUGUGCUGGCCACCUCGUCACGAGACGGCAGCGUCCAAAUCUGGGAUCUCCGAUGCACGGGAGGGCCAGUACAAGAAAUUCCAAUAAUAGAACGAGAAAACGGUCUGAGCUUCAGACGACCAGCGCCCAAGCAAGGAUGUGCUGUCAACAGCAUCUACCAUGCUCACGCACGCACGCUCAAUCAGGCGAAACAAGCAGCAUCCAUAGGACCAGGCGACACGCCUUCCCGAGGCGAGCUGCCCGGCCGCAUUGGCGACGUCUCUGUCACAGCCAUGCAAUUCCUGCCGCCUGGCAAGGAGCACCUGCUGGUUACAGCAUGCGAGGCUGAUGCCUCGAUCAAGGUCUGGGACGUCCGCUCGAUCCACACGUCUCGCAGCAAGACCGCAACACCACUAUCCACAACUGCGCCGCCCUCAUCUCACUCACGCUGGCGGCCUUUCGGUAUUUCAUCCCUCUCGCUGGGCUCUGAUGCUUCAAGGCUAUAUGCCAUGUGCAAGGACAAUACUGUCUAUGCCUACUCAACGGCCCACUUGAUCCUCGGGCAUGCCCCAGAGAUGGAGACUCGCAAUGGAGAGGCUCCGCGACGCAGACAUGGCAUUGUGUCACAGCAGGGCCUGGGGCCUCUAUACGGCUUCAGACACCCUUCGUUCCAUGCGACAAGCUUCUACGUCAAAUGUGCGGUACGUCCAGCCCGCGAGGGCCGCAGCGAACUUCUCGCCGUCGGUAGUAACGACAGCUGCGCGGUCCUCUUCCCGACAGACGAGCGGUACUUCCGAGACGAUCUCGCCGGCUCGAUGGGUUCACUGAACCUGGGAAAUUCCACCAUUGCCACGUCGAACAAGGACGGCCCGCUCGGGAACACACGCAGACCACUGUUCCGCUCCAGCCUCUCGACGAAUCUAGCUUCAAGGGUGCAGGAUGACAUCCCCAUCGUGCGCGUAGGCACGCCGCUGGUCCGUGGUCACGAUCGCGAGGUCGGUGCCCUCGCAUGGACGAACCAGGGAAAGCUCGUCACCGUGGGCGACGAUUACCUGGUGCGUUGCUGGAGCGAGGAUCCGGCACAGGCAGCCGACCUGCGAACCGGAGGCGAGACCGAGGGUCGCCGGUGGGGCUGUGGCUGGGCGGACGUUGGUGAGGACUGGGACGUGCCAGACGAUGACAGUGAUAUGGGUGACGACGAGUAGGAGUGUGCAAAGAUCCUACUGCCAAGCAAGGAUGUCUGGCAGGAAAACGAAUUUGUUUUGAGCAAGCGAUGUGCCUGAAGGAGGUUAUGGCCUUUUGAUUCUGUAGAGUUUACAGUGCUCACCUACACGAUACCCCAGCACGAGUACAUAUACUAUCUCCAGAAAUCGUAGUCAAACAGAUACAUCAAACAGGGCUAUCUGACACUGGUCCUUUGGUUGAGAAAUUCGAUCUCUUCACUUGAUCCAUUAUUUGGUGACCCAACUUUAGCCACAUUUGCUUGCCAGUCAAAGUGCACAUUAGUCAUGGUGAUCACAGGACUCCAAGCAGGCCGACUUUGAUAG